CCUGUUCCUCUCCUCUACCUCUAACUACCUCAUCUCAAUCAGAAUCACAAUCACCAUUUACAAGAAACAUCAUCCCCAUCUCGGUAUGGCCUGCGGUCCGAGCCGCCCCCUUUGGCCUGCUGCUUCUCUACUAGCACCAUGACGAAUCGUGACCCCGACUUUCGACACCAGCUGGGCAAAUUCCGUCUCGAUCCGCUGCCGGUCCCCUCCCAUACGUCUCGUGGUCCCCAAACGAACGCAAUCACUCCUACUGCGCCUUCGUACGCUUUGUCGCCCUCUUUACCUCCAUCGCUCCCGCCCCCGAUAACUCACCCGCUCCCGCACCAGCAGAACCAGCAUCACCAGCACCAACACCAUCCGCCUCCACAACCACCAUCGCUACCUCGAUCCCAAGCGUCGGUUUCCCCUAUUCCUCCGCCUCGCAGCAAACGAGUCUCGACUGCCUGCGACUUCUGUCGCAAAAGGAAGAAGAAAUGCGACUUCCGAUAUCCCAAUUGUUCGGCUUGCACACGCGCCGGUGUUCGAUGUACCAUCCCGCCCCCGGGUCCGCAGGUCGCUGCGGCCUCCGUUCCCCGUGAUCAGCUAGAGACGUUACAGAACCGGGUCCGAUGGCUGGAGGAGGUCAUACGCCGCAAGACGGGCAUCUCGGUCGCGGAACGGCCGACGGGGGCCCAAUUGGACGGGGAGGCCGAUCCGGACUGGUGGUAUCAGGUCCCGGCCAUGAUGAUGGCGCGCGAGGCGCCCACGCGCUCCACCACCGCGACCACAACCCCUACAGCCGCAGUCGGGUCCAACAGCGGAUCACCGCCGAAUUCCUCCGCCGUGGGUACAGAGUUGCCCAACGUGGGCGAAAUCUUUCGGGACCAGUUGGAACAUCGCCGCCCCUCGGUCGCCCGGCCCGUCGCGUCUGCCCCCCGGGUGGUUCGGCUUCCCUCACUGGAGGAAGCGGAGCGAGUCGCUUCCCAGUAUUUUGAUAGCAUGGGCUAUCAGUACCCCUUCCUCAACCGCACCGAGUUCCUUACGAACAUGCGCCGCAUCUAUGCGGGCGAGGUUCCUGCUCCCGAAGUCCAUAACUCAUACCAUAUCACUAUUGCGACCGCGUUGUUGAUCGGAUCCGAUGGGUCGAAGGCGGAAGAAUUCUAUCAAGCUGGUACCGAGACACUCCCCUCGGCGUUACAAAACGAAGACCUGGCGGCCCUGCGAGCUUUGCUGAGCAUGGCAUUGUACACCAUGUUUGCCACGAGUGGACCGAGUGUAUGGCACCUGCUGGGGACGGCUCUUCGCCUGGCUACCAGUUUAGGAUUACACAAAGCUCGUCCCGUGGCCAACGUGGUCGACGAGGAGAUGGCGAAACGAGCCUUCUGGAGUCUUUAUAAUCUGGAUCGAUUGAUUGCAAGUACCCUGGGGCGGCCGCUGGGCAUCGCAGACGAGGACAUCUCGGUCAGCCUACCGCGGGAAUUCAAUGAUGACUGGACUGAGGCUCCGGCAGCCAGCGCCAUGACCAUUCCUUUGCAGGUGGUGCGUCUCCGCCGGAUAUUCUCCCGACUUUAUUCUUACUUGUACAACAACCAACCCCCACCACCGCCCGCUGAAGUCGUGGUCACGCUGAGUCAUUUUCGUCAAGAGCUAGAUGAGUGGCGACGAGCUGCUCCGGUAUAUCCAUCGGCAUUGCUAUAUUCGACCAGCUAUUAUGACUAUCUAUAUGCCACGACGUUGCUGCUCAUGUACCGCCCAAGCCCACGAAAUCCCACGCCAGAUGCUGCUAGCAUUGUAAGCUGCGGCGACGCAAGUAUUCAGGUGCUUCGGUCGUACUGGGACAGCUACUCGGCAGGGAAGCUCAAGUGGAUUUGGUUGACUCUCAGUCAGAUUUACUUUGCUGGUAUCACCAUCUUGUGGUGUUUGAAUCACAACCUGCAGACUGUUAGUGAGGGCCUGGUGGCGCCGUGGCGGCCUGAAGAGCGAGCAAUGCGGCGUGCCAUUCAGGCCGUCAUUGUUAUACUGGAGGAGUUUGGCAAGCGUCGGCCAGGAGUGGAGCGGUUGGCAGAAUCAUUUCGCAAUCAGAGUACCACAAUCUUUAGCCAUUUCGCAUACCAACAAGAACAGCAGCAGCAGCAGCAGCAGCAGCAGCAGCAGCAGCAACACCAACACCAACAUCUUGCCCAAUCUACAGCCCCACCUCCUCCUUUGUUGGCCCCUGAGCAGCCUCUGCCUCCUCAGCCACAGCAUGUUCUGAUGGCACCACCGGUACCCAUGGCGCCGGUACUGGACGACGUUCUGCUGGUAGAUGCUUCCGGAAUGGUGCCAGUGAUUGAUCCCCAACUGGCAGAGCAAUUGUUCUAUUCUUAUGACUGCAUGAACCCCCUCAUUUGUCCCUCAACGGCCUUCCUUUUGUUUCUCACUAUUGCACUCACUUCAUCUAUCAACCAUCCCUAUAUCAUGGCUACCCAGCUGUCCCGGAUUCAGGUCUUUUAUGGCACACUGAUUCAUACCAUCUCUCCAAAUGAGCUGGAGAUCCUCACCGACACGGUAAUCGUCGUCGCCCCGACCGGCAUCAUCAAGGGUAUCCAUCCUUCCACGCCAACAGCCGCCAUCUCUCCACUGCUGGAACAGCAUCAUGACCUGAGCCCAACCGCAUAUCGCUUGACUAUCCUCGGGCCCACUGAAUUUUUCAUUCCCGGCUUCCUCGACACCCACACCCACGCUCCCCAAUGGGCCCAGCGCGGCACUGGCCGAGGCAUCCCUCUUAUGCAAUGGCUGGAAGAAAUCACCUUCCCUCACGAAGCUAGAUUAGCCGACCCGGACUACGCACGGCAGCUCUAUUCGGCUUGCGUUCGAGGAAGCCUCCAGCAAGGAGUCACUACCGCCUGUUACUAUGGGUCGCGACACGCCGAAGCAUCCGUCAUCUUAGCUGAAAUCUGUCUGGCACAGGGUCAGCGAGCCCUGAUCGGCAAAUGCAACAUGAACCGCCAUGCACCAGACUGGUAUCGCGAUAGCUCGGUCACCGAAUCGGUUACAAGCACAGAAGACUUCAUCGGAAAAGUCCGAGCUCUGGACCCAGAUCAUGCCCUGGUCACCCCAGUGAUAACACCCCGGUUCGCAAUCAGCUGCGAGGAGGAGCUUCUCGUCCAACUGGGGCAGCUCGCGACUCGAAAUCCCGACUUACCAAUCCAGACGCAUUUCAAUGAGUCUCGUGGUGAGGUGGACUUCACACGGACACUAUUCCCCGCGGACAAAAGUGAGACGGAGCUCUACGAGCGGCUUGGACUGCUGAAUGAGCGUAGCAUCCUAGCCCAUGCGAUCUAUCUCUCGGAUGCGGAGAUCAAGCGGAUCACACAGUUGAAAUGCGGGAUCGCGCAUUGUCCGAUCCCGAAUGUGACAAUGGAUGAGUUCAUGGUGGCGCCGGUGCGGGAGUAUCUGCGACGGGGGGUCAAGGUUGGGCUGGGGACGGACUGCGGUGGUGGAUAUUCAACUUCGAUGCUGGAAGUGAUGAAGGCGGCGUUCGUGGUCUCUACAGCCCGGUGUACCAUGACGCAGGGACGUGAUGAACCAUUGGAUGUCACAGAGGGGUUCUAUAUGGCUACAUUGGGAGGCGCGAGAGUGUGUGGAUUGGAAGGCAAGGUUGGGAAUUUUUUGGUUGGCAAGGAAUUCGAUGCGUUGCUCAUACGGGCGGAUGGGAAGACGGGUGUCAUGGCGCCGGUGGAGGAGAACGAUGAUGUGAGGACGGUGUUUGAGAAGUUUCUCAUGACAGGCGAUGAUCGGAAUAUUGUGCAGGUUUUCGUCAAAGGGAGAGAAGUUCAUGUAUCGUGA